AUGAACAAUCAAGAAACAAAUAAAUUUAUACAAACUAUUCCAUAUAUAAAUGAUAAAUCUUUAUCAUUAGUUUUAUCAUUACAAAUGAAUGAUGAAUAUCAAGCAAAUUCACGAAUGCUUUCAAGUACCAAUCAGAUAAAAAUAACAGACGAUACUAAUUCUUCACAAAUUCAAACAAAAUUCAAUUCAAUUGAACCAUCGUCUCUUCUAGUAACAAAUGAUUCAUCAACUGCUCAUAAUAAUACUAAUUCUAUAAAUACACUAACUCGUACUCCAUCUCUUAUAUUAUCACUUUCAAGAAAACCAUUUUCAGCAUCCAAACUUUCGGAGAUAAAUUCACAUCUAUUAUUGACUCAUGACGAAUAUGCACUAGAUAUUCCUGCGUCAAUCAAUCAAUUAAAUAAUCAAACUACAGAAAUUCCACAAACUAUUCCAUCAUUAAUUUCUCAAAGUUUAAAAAAACAUUCUACAACACAAACAUAUGAUAAAUCAUCAACGAUAUUAAACUUAAGUACAGAUGAAAUCAAUACAUUGCAUAAACUUUCUAAAACAAUAAACAACAUAAUACAAAAAGAAACUAUUCAUUCAAAUACUAUUGAAACUAUUAAAAUGGAAGAUUCACUUGCAACAUCAUCAACUGAACAUUAUAAAAUAAGUAAACGGACAAAAGAACGUUACCAACGUCAAAGACAAAUUAUUAAUAUUGCUAAACAAGCAUUAAAACCAGCAUUCAAACAACAUCAUAUAACCAAAGAACAGUAUAAAAAAAUUAUGAAAAAAGUCGUUACAAAAGCAACAUUUUCAAAGAGAAUUGAUCACAAAUGGAUUAAUAAAUCAAUUAAUGCUUAUAUGUUAUUAUUUAUUAUAUUUUUUAUCAUUUUAAUAUCUGUAAUUCUUUUUAAACUUCAUGAUCGUCUUACAUUUCAACGUGGUCGUUUACAACGUCCAUAUGAUCGAACUUCUAAUAAAGCUUUAACACAAAUGGGUACCGAUCAAUUCGUCGAACUUUCAUUUGGUACUGUACAUUAUAUUUAUCAUCCAACUUCAUCACCAUCAUCAUCAUUACCAUUAAAUGUAUUCGUUCAUGGUUAUUCUACACCGAUGGAAAUGUGGCAAGAUGUAUUUCAAGCACUUGUUAAAGAUAAUCAACCAUGUUUAGUUUAUGAUUUAUACGGUCGUGGUUGGUCAGAUUCUCCUCAUGUACCAAUGAAUAUCGAUAUAUUUGUUUGUCAAUUAGCUGAACUUUUAUAUGCAUUAAAUCUUCCAUAUAAAGAUUAUAAUCUUUAUGGUGUUAGUAUGGGUGGAGCUAUUAUUCAACGUUUUACAGAACUUUAUCCUACGAAAGUAAAAAAACUUAUUCUCUGUUGUUCAGCUGGAAUUAAACUAGUAAAACCAUCGAAAAUUCUCUUAUUUAUUUUAUCUAUGCCUAUUAUUGGUCCAAUUGCUUUUAAAUAUAGUAUGCAAAAUACUAAUGAAAAAAGAAAUCGUUCAGAAUGGGCUUUUCCUGAUAGUGAAAAACGUCAACAAUAUAUGAAAUUAUUUCGAUCAGGUUGGCAACAACAUCCAGGAUAUUUACGAGCUUUAUUAUCAACAGUAACAAAUUUCGAUUUUGAAUCGUCAAUAAAAUCAAUUGAAUCUAUUGCAAAAUUAAAUAUACCAAUAUUAAUUAUUUGGGGAGAGAAAGAUCCAUUGAUUCCCGUUGAAAAUGCUUAUCGUUAUCAUCAAUUAUAUAAAAAUUCUAUAUUAACUAUUAUUCCUGAUGCAACACAUAUGUUACUUAUUGAACAUUCAAAACCGAUUAUCGAUGCAAUACGAGCUUUUUUAAAAUAA